AUGACAGCCGUGGGAUGCCAUGACUCCAGUGCUGGGAGCCGUGAAACUAGCGUCAGGAGGUUGCACCUUGCCAGAGAAGAGUCGUUACCCUCUCGUCGGAACGCGGCCGCAAUCGCAGCCCUCAAUGGCAAGCCAUCCGUCGCCCCGAAAGUCAAAGAGCCAGAGACGCGACGCUGGGACCCACUGUCCAGUAGUGAUGUCGAAGAGAGGAGCAUCAACCUUGGUGCUGGCGUCGACGGGACAAGUUUCGGCUUGCCAGCCUCUGCCAGCUUGAUGACAGAAUACAGUACAAACACAGGCUUUGGGGCCGUCCUCAUCUGCGACGGCGAUGUGAUCGUCGAAGGGUACGACGUUCAGAAGCCGUUUGAGCGAUGGAUUCGAGACAACAAACUUGCCCUUUCCAAAGUCCCCGAGCUAAAGGAGCACGGUAUAGUCUGCUCGACGUGGACAUACUCGUCCGAGAGCAUCCACCUCAACGUUUGGCAGGACUCAGAAAACGUGGUGAGAGUUGGCUGUAAGGUCGGUGCUGAGGGCAUCGCCAAGGCCAAUGCUGGAGGGAGUUGGGUCACGGGCCACUCUGGAAGCUCGUGGACCGACUGGCUCAGUGACAAGCGUGUAGUGUUUUUUACAGGCUUCAAGUGCGUGUACCGCUGGCUAGGCAGGAUGACUAGGGAGCCGGAAUCGAGUUUCCGUGGCGGCGAGACGUUCAUGGUCUGGGACCCCGAAACUCAGGACGCGUAUGAGGCCGAGAUUGAGUUCUUUGGCGGCAUUGAAGAGAGCGAUGAUGAGGGCGACGAAGAUGACGAUAAGAACGAUGAAUGA